AUGUUGGUCUCCACCACUAACUCACAUCAGGUUGAAAGGAUCGUUGACAAAAGGAAAAACAAAAAAGGGAAGACAGAAUAUUUGGUUCGGUGGCAGGGCUAUGACAGUGGGGAUAACACCUGGGAGCCGGAGCAGCACCUGGUGAACCGAGAGGAGUAUAUCCACGAUUUUAACAGGCUCCACACCGAGAAGCAGAAGGAGGGCACCUUCACCAGAACCAAUCGGACCUCCCCGAACAAUGCUAGGAAACAGAUUUCCAGACCCACCAACAGCAUCUUUUCCAAGGCCUCUCCUAAAUCACUAAUGGUCGGCAAAGAGCACGAGCCCAAGACCAUCCCGCUGUUUGCCGCCGGCCAGAAGUUCAGGAAGAACCCAGCCCCGUCCCUCUUGAACCGGAAGAACAUGGACCUGGCCACGGCAGGCAUAAAGAUCCUCGUGCCCAAGAGCCCUAUCAAGAGCAGGACUGCGGGGGACGGCUUUCAGAACGAGCGCCCCGAGAAACUGGACCCCGCCGAGCAAGGGCAGGAGGACACGGUGGCGCUGGCGGUGGCGGCCACAAAGCCGGUCGGGGCUCUGCCGGGCCCCGGCGCCGAGCGGCCGCGGAUGGGGAGCCGGCCCGGGAUACCCCCGCUGGUGCCUCAGGUGUGCGGCCCCCCGACUGCGGCCAUGGCCACGGGGCUAGCCGUGAAGGGGAAAGGUUCCUCUCUAUUCACGGACGCGCUGACGGCCAACAAGACCACCAACCUGCAGACGUCGGUCACGGGAGUGACGACUGGGAGGAGGAAAUUCAUCGACGACGGACGAGACCAGCCCUUCGACCAGCCAGUGAGGCAGACGGAAAGCAUCUACAGGUACAGGGACAUCGUCGUCCGGAAGCAGGAAGGCUUCACCCACAUCCUGCUGUCCACGAAGUCGUCCGAGAACAACUCACUCAACCCAGAGGUGAGGACGGAAGUGCAGAGCGCCCAGAGCACGGCCGCCAGAGACAGCAAGCCGGUGCUGCUCGGCAGCCUGGGCAGCGUCUUCUGCUGCGGCCUCGACUUCAUCUACUUCAUCCAGCGGCGCCUUACCGACGACCGGAAGAGGGAGAACACGAAGAUGGCCGAGGCCUUCAGAAACUUCGUGAAUGCUUUCAUUCAGUUUAAGAAGCCUAUCACUGCAGCCGUAAACGGCCCAGCCAUUGGACGAGGAGCGUCCAUACUGCCUCUCUGUGACGUGGUUUGGGCCAAUGAAAAGGCUCGGUUCCAAACACCCGAUACUAUCUUCGGACAGAGGCCAGACGGCUGUAGCACCGUUAUGUUUCCCAAGGUAAUGGGAGGAGCAUCUGCGAACGAAACGCUGCUCAGCAGGCGGAAGCUGACGGCGCAGGCGGCGUGCGGCAAAGGCCUGGGCGCCCAGGUGUUCUGGCCCGGGACCUUCACCCGGGAAGUCAUGGUCCGCCUUAAGGAGCUCGCCUCCUGCAACCUGGUUGUGCUCGUGGAAUCCAAGGCCCUCGUGCGCUGCAGCAGGAAGCUGGAGCUGGAGCAGGCCAACGAGCGGGAGUGCGAGGUGCUGAAGCAGAUCUGGGGCUCGGCCCAGGGCAUGGACUCCAUGCUCAAGUACCUGCAGAGGAAGAUCGACGAGCUCUGA